CCGACGGAGAACGAGAUUUUUGAAAGAGUAUUUGUAAGUGUUUGUAUGAUCAAAACAAACAAAAUUAUUUUAUAAGAUCCAGAGAGAUAUAAAAGAUAAAUUCACAAUCAACUAGUGUUUGGAUUUCUAGUUUUGAAACAAAUGAGAGUGAUUCAUGGAACAUAACAAUCAAUAACAACCGUUUCCAAAGAGUUUUGUAUUCAAGUAUUAGUAGUAUUGUGUCUCCUCAAGGAAUAACAAAGUUUGAGAUCAGCUGUUGGUGAAUGGUAGUUCAUCAAAUAGAAAUAAAGAGAUGGAGACAGACCUGAAUGACAAAAAAUUUAAAACUGGUGAUGGUAAAUGGGCAGUUUCCGCUAAGGGAAUCAACAGUGAACUAUUGUUACCACAAUUGGCAUAUUAUGGUGGAACUAUCACUGUUACAUUUUAUGCCAACUCACUUCAACCUAAUGUUUUAACUGUUCGAUUCUUAAAGGUAAAUUUUGAACUACUUCAAGAAUAUGAUGUAAUUACUAGCAAUCAAUGGAAUAGAUAUUCUAAAAGUCUAUCUAAUAUUCAAUAUCCUGCAUUUUUGGUCUCUUUUCUUUAUAAUAGUGAUAGUCCAAUAUAUGUGGAUUCAGUUGAAAUAGAUAUUGAUGGUCAAAUUAUAUCUUGUCCAGUAAUAAGUGCUGAUAACCCUUGUGCAUUUACUACAGAUAUUAAAAAAACUUAUGGAUGGGUUUUUAAAGAUACUGAAGCUUUUUGGGGCAUUGCGCCAGGAUACUUAUAUUUGAAAACAAAUUUUUUAUACCUGGGUGGAUUGAUAAUUGGUUCGAUGAAUUUCAGAGCAAAGGCAACUACUGGUUGGGUAACUAUUAUAAUUUCAGUUAAUCAAACAUCGUACGUACAGAAAGUUAGUUCUGGAUAUACUGAUUUUGACUUAACUGCCUCUACUCAGUAUACUGUAGGACAAACAUACACGCUUUUGAUAUCAUUUGAUUCUACUACAACUGAAGCUAGAUUAACUAGCCUCUCUAUGAGUGUUGCUGGCAACGACAGUGCAUGUCAUUCAGUACUUAGUUAUACAGUAUUUACAAAUGGAAUUACUUGUAGGUGUAAUGAAAAUUCUUGUCCCAGUCCUAAUACCCAAUGUAUUGUAUCAACAAUUGAUCCAUCAAUCUACCCAUGUAUUUGUCUUUCUGGAUACACUAAAGAUGCUUUGGGAAACUGUGUUGAUAUUAACGAAUGUAAUACCUUGGUACAACCAUGUUUUUGGAGUAAUGAAGUAUGCAUUAAUACAAAUGGCAGUUAUCUGUGUACUUGUGAUAAUGGAUGGCUGUUGGCUCAAGAUAAUGCCAGCUGUGUUGAUAUUAAUGAGUGUGAAAGGUUUACAUCGCUAUGUUCAUGGAGUAAUGGAGCAUGUAUAAAUACAAAUGGUAGCUAUUUCUGCUCAUGUAAGAAUGGUUGGGCAAUGGGUCAAGAUAAUUCAAGCUGUGUAGAUAUUAAUGAGUGUCAAAGCUCUGCACCUCCAUGUUCAUGGAGGAAUGGAGUAUGCACAAAUACAAAUGGUAAUUAUCUCUGCUCCUGUAUGAAUGGAUGGAAAAUGGGUCAAGAUAAUGCUAGCUGUGCUGAUAUUAACGAGUGUCAAAGCUCUUCACCACCAUGUUCAUGGAGUAAUGGAGUAUGUUUAAAUACAAAUGGUAGUUAUCUCUGCUCCUGUAUAGUUGGCUGGGCAAUGGGUCUUGGUAAUGCUAGCUGUGUUGAUAUUAAUGAGUGUCAAAGCUCUUCACCACCAUGUUCAUGGAGUAAUGGAGUAUGUACAAAUACAAAUGGUAGUUAUCUCUGCUCCUGUAAAAAUGGAUGGAAAAUAGGUCAAGAUAAUGCUAGCUGUGUUGAUAUUAAUGAGUGUCAAAACUCUGCACCACCAUGUUCAUGGAGUAAUGGAGUAUGUACAAAUACAAAUGGUAGUUAUCUCUGCUCCUGUAAAGUUGGAUGGAAAAUGGGUCAAGAUAAUGCUAGCUGUGUUGAUAUUAACGAGUGUGAUAGCUCUUCACCACCAUGUUCAUGGAGUAAUGGAGUAUGUUCAAAUACAAAUGGUAGUUUUAUCUGCUCCUGUAAAAAUGGAUGGAAGAUGGGUCAGGACAAUGCUAGCUGUGUAGAUAUUAAUGAGUGUCAAAACUCUGCACCACCAUGUUCAUGGAGUAAUGGAGUAUGUACAAAUACAAAUGGUAAUUAUCUCUGCUCCUGUAAGAAUGGAUGGAAAAUGGGUCAAGAUAAUGCUAGCUGUGUUGAUAUUAACGAGUGUCAAAGUUCUGGACCUCCAUGUUCAUGGAGUAAUGGAGUAUGUACAAAUACAAAUGGUAGUUAUCUCUGCUCCUGUAAAGAUGGAUGGACAAUGGGUCCUGAUAAUGCUAGCUGUGUUGAUAUUAAUGAGUGUCAAAGUUCUUCACCACCAUGUUCAUGGAGUAAUGGAGUAUGUUCAAAUACAAAUGGUAGUUAUCUCUGCUCUUGUAAAAAUGGAUGGAAAAUAGGUCAAGAUAAUGCUAGCUGUGUUGAUAUUAAUGAGUGUCAAAGCUCUGCACCACCAUGUUCAUGGAGUAAUGGAGUAUGUAUAAAUACAAAUGGAAGUUAUAUCUGCUCCUGUAAAAAUGGAUGGAAAAUGGGUCAAGAUAAUGUUAGCUGUGUUGAUAAUAAUGAGUGUCUAAGCUCUGCACCACCAUGUUCAUGGAGUAAUGGAGUAUGUACAAAUACAAAUGGUAGUUACCUCUGCUCCUGUAAAGAUGGAUGGACAAUGGGUCUUGAUAAUGCUAGCUGUGUUGACAUUAACGAGUGUAACAGUAUGUCACCGCCAUGUACAUGGAGCAAUGGAAUAUGCAUUAACACAAAUGGCAGUUAUUUUUGUUCAUGUAAAAAUGAAUGGAGACUGGGUCAGGAUAAUGCCAGCUGUGUUGAUAAAUGUAACAACACAUGUGUCUACACAUAUUCAAAUGGGAUUUAUACAAAUUUAUGUAAUGAUGCAAAUGGUUCUCUGAUAAACACAACUCUUUUCAAAUGUUUUGAUGUUAGUGAAUGUAUUAAAAACAAUAAUUGUAGCUGGAAUGAAGGCAUUUGCACCAAUUCUAUGGGAAGCUUUAAAUGUUCAUGUCACAAUGAGUGGGAGUUAGGGAAAAAUAAUAAUAGCUGUGAAGCUCCUUCUACUAUUUUUUCAAGUGUAUCUAUGGGUUCCUUUAAAGUUAAAUAUGUACCUUUUAUAGAGGAUGUGGUCUUUGAGUUUGUGGUUGUUUAUAUCUGUCGUUUGAACAGCCCUACUGAUGAAAUAAAUUUAGACAAUUGUUAUCCUGCUCUACAAUUUAAUCCUUAUACUACUACCACAAUUAGUCUUGGAACUGGAAAUCCAAAAACAAGUCGUAAAAGAAGAGCUGUUACUUAUGAUAAUUCACCACUUAAAGAAGGAGAAGUUUAUGCCAUAUUUUUCCGUGGUUACACAUCUGAUGGCCAGAAUUAUUCCUCGCCUUACUCUAAACCUUUAUUAGUAAUUGAUUCAACUUCUCCUUGUGUUCCUAUUGAUUGUCAUUCAUAUAAAAAUCAAACAUGCAGUUUGGUCAAUUCCACUUAUGCAAAGUGCUAUUGCAAAAAUGGUUUUAUUUCUUUUGAUAACCUUGUAACAUGUGAAGAUAUUAAUGAAUGUUUAUCAGUAUCAAAUGUCUGUUACAAGAAUAGUCAAUGUACAAAUUUAAUUGGUAGUUUUAUGUGCUCAUGCAUAGAUGGAUAUAAAUUUAAAGAUUACUCGAAUGGUUGUGUCGAUAUAAAUGAAUGUGAAACAUCAUGUAAUACUUCUAACACAACUUGCAUUAAUACAAUAGGAUCGUAUGAGUGUCGCUGCAAUAUUGCAGGUUCCUUUUAUAACACAACAUUGGGUUUAUGUCAAGAUUUAAAUGAAUGCAGUUCAACUAAACCAUGCGAUUCAGUUAGAGGGAUUUGUUAUAAUCAAGACAUAUUUGAGACUGGUAAACCUUACAGUUGUUCUUGUCCAAGUGGUUGGGAGUUGUCAAAAGAUGGAAACAAUAGUUGUGUUGAUAUUAAUGAGUGUUUAACAUUGUGUAGUGGAGUAAAUGCUUUUUGCAUCAACACAGUUGGUUCUUAUAAAUGUUCUUGUGCUGUUGGUUUUUCAUUAAAUGCUUCUUCACAGUGUCAAUUAAACAACUGUAGUUGUCCUUUAAAUUCCAAAUGCGCGGUUAAUGGCACAAUUAAUGGAAAUUUUGGUUGCACAUGUGAUUUUGGCUAUUCACCUAACUAUAUGUCUAACUGUGAAGUAAUAGAUCAAUGUGAAGGUACAAAAAAUUGCAUGAAACCUCAUCAGUUCUGCCAAAAUGUUUAUAGCAAUUUUAGUUUUAUAUGUUUGUGUCGUGAUGGUUACCAAAAAGUAGGAGAUGAGUGCAUAGCAAUUAAUGUAAGUGUGUGCAAUCAGUCUUCAAAGAAUAAUAUAUCGUUAUGCUCUUUUAAUCAACAAUGUUUUGAUACAAAAUCAAGUUAUGAAUGUAGAUGUCUGACUGGUUAUGAAAAAACUGAAUCUGGACAAUGUCAAGAUAUAAAUGAGUGUGAAGGAAAUGUUUUAGCUUGUCAACCUAAUGCUGAUUGUAUAAACACUAAUGGGAGUUAUUACUGUAAAUGUAAAGAAGGUUUUGUUGGAACAAAUGUCAGUAAUACAACCAUGAUGCUCUGCUACACAACUAGUGUUUGGAGUUCCUGGGAACAAAUUGGUGUUUGCAGUGAGCGGUGUUCAACAAACAAAAAUCAAGGAAGAUUGAAGUUUCAAAGAUUUUGCGAAGCAAUUGAUUUUAGCAAUUGUAAUGGAGAUUUUUUCAAGCAAGAGAUGUGCAACUCUGAGUUUUGUGACAACAAAAUUGAGAUUCUGAAAUCAAUUGAUUGCCAGAAGUGGCCAUACAUGCAAGCUAAUCUUAUUAGUCAAACUGUUUUAAAUAACGAAACUUGGUUAAAAAAACUCAGAACUUGGGGAGGUUGGAAAGCAAAAACCUGUGGUCAACUUUUAACUGAUGCCAGCAAAAUUGUUAAUCAAGAUAUAGAGAUUAUAGUUAAAGAAAUUAAGCUUUUGCUUGAUGACAGAAAUACUUUACAAAAAGUUAUUGAUUGUAACACUAGCAAUCAACAGAAAAAUAGUCUUCAAAGACAAUAUAUUGCUAUUUACUCGCGUCUCACAAUGUACCGUGCUAUCAAAGCUACUUUAAGCAAGUUGAAAUCUAGAAUUGAUGUGAAACUUAACGAAUGCACCCGUCAAUUAACUAUGUUUGGUUCUUAUGCAAGCAUGUAAAGAAUGUGAUCAACUUUGAUUUAUGUUAACUGCACCUAUUUUUACAGUUUUAUUUGCUACUUUUUACUGGUUUCAAUAAAUCAGUCUAUAU